AUGCAGGCCCCUGAAGCUGCCCUGGUCAUUCUCCUCUGCACCCUGGCCCUCUGCAGCCAGGUCCUCUCAGCGCCCUAUGGUGCUGACACCCCAACUGCCUGCUGCUUCUCCUACACCUCCAGGCCAUUAAACCGCAAAUUCGCUGUCAGCUAUUUCGAAACCAACAGCCAGUGCUCCAAGCCGGGUAUCAUCUUCCAGACCAAAAGGGGCCGGGAGGUGUGUGCCAACCCCAGUGAAUCCUGGGUCCAGGGUCUCAUCAAGGUCCUGGAACAGAGUACCAGCCAGUCUUCAGUCACUGCCAUGUCCAAGUGA